UCCUCAAAGCCUCUCAGGUGUCACUGAGUUUCCAGCUGCACGUUCUGUCCCCUCGAGCCGCCACAGGCCCCGCCCCGUGCGGGCAGCAGCAGCUGCACGCGCCGGGGGCAGACGCCCUAUAAAGAGCGGUCGUCCUCUCUGAGCAAGGACAGUGACAGCAGCGCAGUUGACCGACCGGGUCAGAACAGACACUUCAGCCACAAAUGGGCCAUUGUAACAACUAGGACCUCUUCUACUUCAAGCCAUCCGAGCCUUACAACCGCAUCCUAGUCUCCAAAGGUUUCCAUUUUCCAUCUUUUGAGCGGUUUUUCCACCUAAGGUCGGAGAAAAUGGCAGCAAUUCCAUCAACUGGCUCCCUCAUCGCCACCCAUGAUUACUACAGAAGGCGUCUCGGGUCCGCCUCCAGCAACAGCUCCUGUGGCAGCGCGGAGUACGUGGGGGAGGUCAUUCCACAUCACCCAGGACUUCCCAGGCAAGAUUCUGGCCACUGGUGGACUUCAUUUUUCUUAGCGAAACCUCUCGCGCCCGGCAUGCAGAACGGAUCCGAAAAUCAAAAGAACGGAACCUACACAGUGGCCAACGGUCAGGUGACCUGCAUCGCCAGGGAGAUGGUUUUGAAAAGACAAGUCAGCGAAAGCAGUGAAAGCGGAAAGUCUGAAGCAUCACAGUCUCCACCAACUCUCUCAUAAGACUCCAUUCCCUGCCAGCGCCUCCCCCUCCGCCUCCCCCUCCGGCCCCCCACCUGCUCCUCGCACCUCCCUCACCCUCAGCUUGCCAUCCAUCUCGUGGAGAUGGAGUUGGAGAUGAUGCGGGCGAUGGCGACGGUGUUUGUUAGCUUUAGAAGUUUUAAGUUUGCUUUUCAUAUUUGCCCGUGUAUAGUAUCUUUUUAUUAUGACCAAAAGUUCAAAAAAAGAUGUAAAAAGUUUUUUCAAGUUGUUUCUUCUCGUCACUUUACACUGUUAAUAAUAAUAAUAAUAAAUGAUAAGAAUUAAAAAAGCUUGCAUCAGCAACA